AUGGAGUUGGUCAAUGGUUCACAGAUUCUUGAAGAACAAAGUGGUAAAAAACUCGAUGGUUCAACAGCACCUGACUUUUGUAGUUUCGGCAGUGUUACUUCAUCGUCCUGGUACACAAAACGUCGACCCUACCGAUCGGUGGCUUUCGGGACGUGGAAAGUUGGAAAUGCUAGUGAAAUAGGGACGCGGACAGGGCGUAAUAAUAAAGAGCUACUACAUGCAAGGUGA